AUCAUAUAUGACGUAAUUCAUAGCCAAUGUAUAAAUUCCUGUAAAAAUUGGUAGAAAUCAACUGAGACGUCCGAAAAAGAAAUAUCUUAAACAAACUAAACUACACAAAUAUGGACCAAGGUGUAUCAGUAAUUGCACUGAGAGUUCCACUGAUAGUGAAUCGCAUUCUUUCUUUUCUUGGGUUAGAAGAGCUGAAAACAGCAAGACGAGUGAAUUCUCUCUGGAAAAUCGAGGCACAAUCGUACUUUCUUCAAUUGGCAGUUGGUGUUAUCAAGGUGGGUGAGGAUGACUCACCAUCGCUGUAUGUGGACCAAUACCACAAAUACCUCCACCAGAACAUCAAAGUCCGAAUUAUUAAUAACGUUGAAGAGCAGAAGUCAAUCGUUUCCACAUUAUUUUCAAAUCAUGGAGAACACAUUCGAUCUCUUCAGUUAAUGUUUGAAUGUCCAUGCAACAUGACACUUCUUUCAGACUGCACCUUUCUUAACGGUACUCUGGCCUCUGUCCCACACCUGAAAGAAUUAACCCUGUCGAUUCCUAAGUGUCAUAUGCACAAUGAACAAGAAACAAAUUAGAUGGCGUUUCGUACCUAUUUCCCCAGAAAAGAGGUCUUAUCGUCAGUAUUAUCAAAUCUGCAGAAAUUCGAAAUCAUUAUAGCCGUUACUAGCAGAUCGUCAUUUAUUAUUUUUAUGGCAAUGGUCCAAAAUAUUUUUGAAUUGUUUCAUAAUGCACUUUACUUGACGGUCAACGUGUACGGGAUGGAUCGUCGCCUUAAUGAGGAUUGUGUCUUAAUUUUACUCAAGUGUCCUCAGAUUAUGCCAAAGUUGCAAGAAAUUCAUUUAACGCCAAUUUCAUGGAAUAGGGAACUCCUUCCACUCCUGCAAAUUAGUCAACCGCUUAAACGGAUCAGUUUGGGAUCUGUAAAUGCAACUUAUGUCAAAACUAUUCGGCUCAUUUUGGAAAAACAUUCCCAAACGUUGCAGAGCUUUAAAAUAAAUAUCUACAUUGGAUCGGAAUUUAUGUCUUGUCGUUCAGAGUUUGCCAAUAUGCCAAGACUUCCGCAAUUGAAAACAUUGGAUGUGACUUACUCAUAUUCACAAGAGUACGAGGAUUCGUUGAGCAGUGAUGGCGUUGAAUAUGUUCCAGAUUCUGUUUUAUUUGACGCUUUAUGUUUAUCCCUUCUCUUUCGAGGGAUUGCAAAUUGAGCCUACAAUAUGUGACAAGUUGCCUCGUCUCAAAAUUUUGAAUGUAUGGAUUUCGGAUUCAUCAGGUCCAACGGUUAGAGCAACUUUCUAUGAUGACUUAAUCUUGAGAGGAGUUACGGAGGGGACGAUGUUUCCAAAUAUUCAACAAUUAAAAAUGAACUAUCCAGAAAAUACGGCUGGAUAUGAACUUUGGGCAAUUAAAUUAGCAGAAACAUUUCCCAACGUGCAUAAUAAU